AGCUGUUCCUACAACUUACGCAACCCAGUCAAUAUGCUCUGGGCUAAUCGUCAUGAACAACUUGAUCUUGCGUACCGCUGUAUUUUUGGUAUUGAAUGUUAUGAUGAGCAUGCGGAUAUACGCGUUGUACGGCGGGUCCAAAUGCGUGCUGUUCCUUCUAGGAUCAUGCGUUACGACUGUUCAGGCAUCCAACAUCGUACUAACGUUUAUGGCAAUGCUUCCGCUUAAUGUAUCGGUGGUUCGUACACCUACAGAAGGCGCGUGGUGCUCGUAUGCCGUAUCCAACCGCCAAGCGUGGUAUCAGACUACUGCGUUUAUCUUAUUGGUCGCCUAUGAUUCGUUGCUGUUAGUCUUAUCGGUAGCCAGCUUCAUCAGGCGUCUUCAAGAACAACGUCAAGGCCUUGCUGGAAUGGUGGAUACAUUCAUGGGAUUGAUUGUGAGAGAUAACGUGCUUUACUUCAUCUUGGCCUUCUCUGGACUCACUCUCAGCGCGUGCUCGUUAUUUACUGUGGCAAAUCGAAGUCUCCCGUUCAACAUUGGGUUCAACACGAUUGCAGCGGACCUUGGCGCCGGACUUCAGCUCACCAUCCUAGGUCCUCUCAUGAUGCUCAGCGUACUUGAGUACGACGCUCUGCGGGAACGUGGAGGAACUUCUUACUACACAGGAACCGCAACUUUAGAGUUCGCUGCGGUAUAUUCACCAGAUGACUGUGAGGAUGAUCCCUCAAAACUCGCGUAGAAAUACCACACAGGACUUGUACGAUAACAUUAUUAACGUGGCAUU